AAUACUUUCAGCUGGAAACAAUCAACAAAGUUCUGUCAAAGAAGUUCUUUCGAAGAUCCGUGUUAAGUCCCCAAUAUGGACCCGUUAUUUCUUGCAUAUAGCUUCUAUAGACGACGCAAAGUUGAACAAUGUGUCAAUUUAUGUUCUCAAAUGCUUGAAAAAAACCCUUAUGACCAGGCUGCAUGGGCCCUGAAAACGCGGGCGCUGACUGAACAGGUUUAUGUUGAUGAGGUCGAUGUGGAUGAGGAGGGUAUAGCCGAGAUGGCCAUGGAUGACAACUCAAUAGCUCAGGUGGCACGGCCCGGUACCUCGUUGAAGGUACCUGGUACUGGACAAGGUGGACCAAGUCAGGGGGUCAGACCAACAUCUCAAUCCGGACGUCCGUUGUCUGGCUUUGUGCGGCCAGGUACACAAUCCAAUAGACCUGGUACCAUGGAGCAGGCCAUCCGGACCCCAAGGACUGCCCAUACAGCGAGACCAGUCACCAGUGCAUCUGGGAGGCAUGUGAGACUUGGAACUGCAUCCAUGUUGUCUAACCCAGACGGACCUUUCAUCAACCUGUCUCGGCUGAACUUCUCCAAGUACGCGUCCCGCCAGAACCUGGCCAAGGCUCUGUUUGAGUACAUCUUUCAUCAUGAAAAUGACGUCAGGAACGCCCUGGAAUUGGCCGCCUUGGCGACCGAGGCCUCACAGUUCAAGGACUGGUGGUGGAAAGUACAGCUGGGGAAAUGUUACUACAGACUUGGCCUCUACCGUGAUGCAGAGCGGCAGUUCAGAUCAGGUUUGAAACAACAGGACAUUGUCGAUACGUACCUAUACCUGGCUAAAGUUUACGUGCGCCUAGAUCAGCCCCUGACAGCUAUUGAGGUGUACACUCAGGGGCUGGAGAAGUUUCCUGGGGAGACGGCCCUACUGACUGGCAUUGCUAGAAUACACGAGGGUAUGAAUGACAUGACGGACGCUGUCAAAUUCUAUAAGGAUGUACUGCACUAUGACAGUAUGCAUGUGGAGGCUAUAGCCUGUAUAGGAACACAUCACUUUUAUACUGACCAGCCAGAGAUAGCUCUCAAGUUCUAUAGGCGGCUGCUUCAAAUGGGUGUCUACAACACACAACUUUUCAACAACCUGGGCCUGUGUUGUUUCUAUGCCCAGCAAUACGACAUGACCCUGACGUGCUUCGAGAGAGCUUUAUCCUUGGCUACAGAUGAAACGACAGCAGACGUUUGGUAUAAUAUUGGACACGUAGCUCUGGGUGUGGGCGACAUGAAUCUUGCCUACCAAGCGUUCAGGAUGGCACUGUCUGCUAACAAUGAUCACGCAGAGGCCUACAACAAUCUGGGCGUCCUUGAGAUGAAAAAAGGAAGGUUGGAAAUGGCUCGUGCAUUCUUCCAAGCGUCUGCUAGUCUCUCCUCCAUGAUGUUCGAACCUCAUUACAACUUCGGAGCCAUGUGCGACAAGCUUGGUGAUUUCCAAAGCAGUUACAAUGCCAUCCAAAGAUCGCUGGACUCAUUCAGUGACCAUGCUGAUUCGAAAGAGCUGCUGCAACAAUUGGAAAAACACUUCUCUCUGCUGUGAUCCCGAAAAAUGGUCAACAACACUCCGUCCUUGAAACACUUCUUGAAGAAAAACAUGAGCAAUACAGAUAACCUUGUGAUCAAAUGGAGGCAUCUUCAAGAAAUAUUUGCGUUACUUUGCUUAAUUUGUGGUUAUUCAUUGUAAAAGAAAUAGAUCUGGACUCUGAUUUUUUAGCAAAAUCAGUUUGCUCCCCAUUUGUCUGAUUGUUAAGAAAGUAGACGUAACAUCUCAUACUUGAUUGGUGUAGAUACCGAUCUUUUGAUAUGCCCUUGCUAAACAUUGCCGUUCAUGCACAUGAAGAAUUGCCAUUCAUCCUAAAUUGGUCUUUUAAGAGAUUAACAUUCAUUCACUCUAAUGAGCGACACAGAAAUUAUCUAGAUAUGAAGAGUCUUUCAUUGCAAAACACGAUGUGUGCCAUAUCCAAAAUUUUGCCGUUAAAUAUACCACAGCAUUGCCUGAUGACUGAUCUGUCCUCCUAAUUUCACACCGUUCAGGCCAACAGUAAAACUUUUAUGAUCAGAAAAUUCAAAUAUUUAUCAAUGCAUUUUCAGUUUAUUCCAAACUUUCUCAACAUAGCAAAAAUGGAUAGGUAAAGUUUGUUUAUCAAAGUGUCACCCCUAAUGAAAGGGCCAGCCAGCUUUUGGCUUAUGAGACACUUAUACUUCCAAGCUCCUAUCUCUAAUGCCAGGCGCCUGGUGAGAAGGCAGUUUGUACCCUUUAUGUAACUAGCUGGCGGCUAACCAUCCGGCCGCAUCAGAAAGAGGUUACAGCGGGCCUUGAACCUUCCAUUCACGAGGUGCACGCCUUAACCGCUAGGCCAUCGAGAUCAGUAAAUGGAUAUAUCGCGUUUCAGGAUGAAACUCUUCACGUGUUACCUCUUGAUAGACAUUUUGUUAAGUAUCAUUUACAACUUCAUCCGUCCUCUUACACCAGAUGCGGACGUACAAAUACCACCAGAAAUGUUAUCUUAUACCGUCCGCCCAUCUGAUGUUCCUGUACUGCUAAAACAUUUCUACAACAUUGUACUUAAAGUUCAUGUACACUUUUUGAAAUGCAUUACUGCUCUCCACCACAGUGUCUAACUGUCAUUAUGCACAGGAAAGUGAUUCUGUUAGUUCAUGUUAUAUGUAAAUAUAUGUAACGAUAUAUAAAUAUAGAC